UGUUAAACCGUAUUGCAUGGUAAAAAGCAUUCGGUGUCGGUGAUUUUAACCUUAAUGUUUGCAAGAUGCUUAUAUUGUAAGAAUAUUAAUUUUAUUACAAAAUAGUGGACUUCCUUAAAUAUUCAACGAAUGAAAUAAAGUUAAAAACAUGUCUUAUUUAACGAGGAAAGAAAUAGACGAAAUGAAGCCGCAAAUCGAGAAAGCGGUUCAUAAAUUCCUUGGCUUUAGUGAACCAGCUAUUGUUACUACAGCUGUCAAUUGUAUCACUUCUGGCUAUGACAAACGUAAAACAGCAGAUAAAUUAUCAGCUUUAUUAGAAGACAAGAAAGCUUCUAAGUUGACAGAAAAGAUAUUUACGAUAUAUGAUGAUACUAAAGCAUCUCAAAAGAGUAAGAAACGAUCUCAUCCUGAAGAUAAAGAUAAAGAUAAAGAUGCAAAGAAAUCGAGAUUCAAAGAUGAUGAAACGAAAAAUGAAAAACCUAUAGAGACUCAACUUUCUGCAGAUAAGAUAAGACAAAUGAUGGCUAAUGCACAAAGAGAAAUAGAAGAAAGAAAAAGAGCUUUAAAGGCAAUAAAACAAGAAGAUGUUUCUGCAAAGCCUUUUAAAAUACGUGAUACACUACCAACAGUAGGAAGCAUGUAUAAUCAAGGCCUAUUGAGUAAAACAGAUUCAGACAAAGCACGAAAAAUAGCUGCGUUACAAGCACAGAUCAGAAAUAAGUUAAACUCAGGAUUACUUGGCAAUGUUAAUGUACCGGACAAACCAACUCCCUUAAUUUUGGAUGAAUCUGGCAGAACAGUAGAUAUAACGGGCAAAGAAGUACAACUCACUCAAGUAGUACCUACGUUAAAAGCUAAUAUACGUGCAAAAAAAAGAGAAGAAUUCAAAGCUCAACUACAAGACUCAAAAGGUCCAGAAGAAAUACAAGAUACUCAUUUUUUCGAUAACAGAAUAGGUGUAAAACCAGCUAUGCGUGGUAAACGUGCAUUAAAAUUUCACGAACCAGGAAAAUUCCAACAAUUAGCAGAAAGAAUGCGUAUGAAGACACAAUUAGAGAAAUUGCAAAACGAAAUUAGUCAAAUUGCUAGAAAAACUGGAAUCAGUUCAGCGACUAAAUUAGCUCUUAUCGCACCCAAAACUGAAGCUCUUAGUGAAGAUGUGCCUAAUAUAGAAUGGUGGGAUUCUGUUAUAUUAACCGGUGGAUAUCCUAAUGAAAAUGAGUUAACGACAAUCAAAAGUUUGACUAUCACGAAUUUAGUAGAGCAUCCAACACAAAUGCGGCCUCCAACGGAUCCUUUGAAACCAAUAUAUAUGCCUGUAUUUCUGACAAAAAAAGAACGUAAGAAAUUAAGAAGACAAAAUAGACGAGAAACUUGGAAGGAAGAGCAAGAAAAAAUUCGAUUAGGUCUAGAAGCGCCACCUGAGCCAAAGUUGCGGAUCUCAAAUCUCAUGCGAGUUUUAGGGACUGAAGCUGUACAAGAUCCUACUAAAAUUGAAGCUCAUGUUCGACAACAAAUGGCUAAAAGAUUGAAAGCUCAUGAGGAUGCAAAUGCAGCACGGAGACUUACUGCUGAUCAACGUCGCGAAAAAAAGGCGAGGAAGCUUAAAGAAGAUACUAGUCUUGGUGUAUAUGUUGCUGUUUAUAGAAUACGUGAUCUUGUCAAUAAUGCUUCAAAGAAAUUCAAAGUGGAGACUAACGCAAAACAGCUUUAUCUUACUGGUUGCGUAAUGCUGUUCCGAGAUUGUAAUGUUGUUGUAGUGGAAGGUGGAGCAAAACAACAAGCUAAGUACAAACGGUUGAUGAUGCAUCGCAUUAAAUGGGAAGAAGAUAUAGUUAAGGAUAAUGACGGGAAUGAUGUACCAAAUAGAUGUGUACUUGUGUGGGAAGGGACAAGUAAACAGCGCCAUUUCGGAGAAAUUAAGUUUAAAGUGUGCCCUAUUGAAAAAAUGGCUCGAGAACAUUUUAAGAAACAUCAAGUGGAACAUUAUUGGGAUUUAGCCUACAGUGGCGCAGUUCUUGAUAAUACAGAUGAAGUACGCCCUUAAAAUAUAAUCUUGUAAAUUAAUUUAACACAUAAUUAUAGCUAAUACAACAAAUGAUAAAUAACUUCUGUACAACUUAAUAAGAUUAUUGAAAUGAGAAAUAAAAGAUGUAUAACCAUACUAA